AUGAGCAAAGGCCCUGCUGGCCCGCUCCCUACAACAAGGGCAUUUCUCUCUGAAAUCCCCAAUUUGCCUACGGGAUCAAAGAUACGCUUCCUUGGAUGCGUUUCUUCCUACAACGUCUCAACUGGCCAUCUGCUCCUGGAGCAUAAUUACCCCAUUACAAAGCGGCCCAUCCCUUCCAUAUCAGUGGACAUCUCUCUACUCCUAGAGCAACUCAAAGCUACCGAUCUCCAGGUUGGCGCUUGGUUGAACGUGCUAGGCUACAUACGAGAGCAGCCGUCGACUAAGUCAUUACUGUCCCCAGCUGACCCCAAAUGGCCACCGCCGGCGGGAGCAGACCGUAAUUCAUCAUCUCCGUCAUCACCACCGCUACUACCAUCGCCUAAUGGUGCUGCUAGAUCGGUUUUUGUGGAGGCUGUUAUGGUUUUCUCCGCCGACGCUGUUCGACUUGGAGAGUAUGAGCGUGUGCUGCAGGAGUGGGAAGACGCCGAUAGGCGGGUUAAGCGGCCGGCUUACCAGUCGAGAGGGACGAGAGUGUGA